CUUUCAGUAUAUAUUUUUUUAUUAAUAAACUGGAUAAUAAAAAAAAUUUUCAUUCUCAAACCGAUGCAUAGAAAUAGAAAGAAUUUACUCUAUGAAUAAUGUAUUUAUGCAUAGAAUAUCCGAUUGAUAAUUUAAUAUCCGUAUGUGCAUCGUGCGCUUUUGUUUGUUAUUUUACGUCACGUCUUUUGAUUAAAAAUAAUGUAAAAAAAAAAAAAUUAAAAAUAAAAAUAAAACUUGUUAUUUUCAUAAAAAACUGAAUGAAUAAUUUUGGUCGGCUGUCUAUUGCUUAAACGCUUGGCAUUUUGUCUUGUGUUUAUAUAUAAUAUAUAUAUAUAUAUUUAUUAUUGUAUCUAAGAAUAAAAAAAAGUUAAGAUUAAUAUUAAUUAUAAUGAGAAUAAAUUUGAAAUAAACGUUGAGGUAAUAUGCAGUGACGGUAAACGCUCCACGAAGCUAUGCUAGGACAGAACAGUGAAGAAAGUGGGAGGUGGUCGUAGAAAAAAUACUACGUUCUGCUGCAAAAUAAAAAAAAAUAUAAAAAAUAUAUAAUAAAAAUAAGUAAAUAAGUCUAUUUACUAAAAACUUAUAAAUUAGUACCUGGGACGAGUGUACUUGAUGGAAAUAUAUUCCGCGAAGUUAUGUCAAGGCAAUAAAUCAAACAUAAUAAUUUAAUAGGAGUUUAAGUUGAGGGUUUCCAAUUGAUAAAUUCUGAUUUUGGAAGAUAAAGAUCAAAAGAAGACGACAUAAUAUAUAAAUAAGGAUAAAACUGGAGAUGAUGAUAAUGUUGAAGAUAAUAAAUAAAUUUUCAGGUGAUAGCUGUGAUAUCAAUAUUGUUUAUUGUGCUAUCGACGAUUGCACUGACACUCAACACCAUUCCCAGUAUGCAAGUUAACGAUGAGAAGGGAAACUUUCAAGACAAUCCUCAACUAGCGAUGGUCGAAGCGGUCUGCAUAACUUGGUUUACCCUGGAGUACUUGCUUAGAUUUAGUGCUUCGCCAGACAAGUGGAAGUUCUUCAAAGGCGGCUUAAAUAUAAUAGACUUACUAGCAAUAUUGCCGUACUUUGUGUCCCUGUUUCUCGUAGAGACAAACAAGAACGCAAAUGACCAGUUCCAAGACGUGAGACGGGUAGUUCAGAUAUUCCGUAUAAUGCGAAUCCUGAGGAUCCUGAAACUAGCGCGUCACUCAACGGGACUCCAGAGUCUCGGUUUCACACUGAGAAAUUCGUACAAAGAACUCGGGCUGCUUAUGCUCUUUCUCGCGAUGGGUGUUCUGAUAUUCUCGAGCCUUGCAUACUUCGCGGAGAAAGAAGAGCCCGGGACCAAAUUUAUAAGCAUUCCGGAGACGUUUUGGUGGGCUGGAAUCACCAUGACGACCGUAGGUUACGGAGACAUUUAUCCUACGACUCCUCUUGGCAAAGUGAUUGGCAGUGUAUGUUGUAUAUGUGGUGUCCUGGUAAUUGCGUUGCCUAUUCCCAUUAUUGUCAAUAAUUUUGCUGAGUUUUACAAAAAUCAGAUGAGACGUGAAAAAGCGUUAAAACGUCGUGAGGCCUUGGAGCGUGCCAAGCGUGAGGGCAGUAUUGUAUCAUUCCAUCAUAUCAAUUUGAGGGAUGCCUUUGCCAAGAGUAUGGAUCUCAUUGACGUCAUCGUCGACACUGGUCACAACAUGUCAGGUGCAGAUGGUAACAGUACCGAGGGCGAAUCGGCUUGCGGACGUGGACCAGCGCAAACUGGAGCCGGUUGCUAUCGGAAUUACGAGCACUACAGUAAUAUAUCACGACAACGUAGAAGUGCCUCUUCAUCAUUCCCCCAAGUUUCUAAUGAUAUGCCUACUUCUCCAGACAGUCCUAACCGUCGGCUGCUCGACUUUGCGCAAAAUUUACCGGGUUCCCAGAACGAGGAUUACUACCAGGAUGAGAUGCUUGCUCAACACUCUAACCAAGGCAAUACUACACCUAGCGAUGAAGAUAAAAAAGACAGCAAAAAAUCCGAGAAAUUCGAUGAAAUCCCUAGUGAAUUUGAGUGUUGCUUUUGUACAACUAAGGAAUACAAAGAUUACAGAGACGCUGAAGACAUAAUGCCACUGGCGACAAGUGAUUUCCGUAAUCCAGUAUGCCAAGAAAUGCGCUCGCUGCGCGAGAACAGUAUUGAUACCAGUGCAUUCGGUGAUUUAUUCUCAUACUCAUCACCAUUGAGACAAAUAACAGCAAUAGCGGCAUCAUCAGCCCCAAUAUCAGCUCCAGCUAUUGCAGCACCGCCGACAGAACCAGCGACCACUCCGGCGACGAGUUAUCCCUCAAAAUCGUACAAUGAACGCGGGAGUGUUGAUAGUUCCGAGACGUACGCGACCUGUCAAACUCAUCCGUUCAAUUCCCAAGAAUUACUGGAUGGUGAUGCGCCCAACGAAGCUGACAGCAAUUUGUACAUAAAUCCUCUAGAAGGUGCUGACAAUAAGUGCCGGGAAAUAAAUACCGACAAAUCGCCCACCGUAGAUCAUCAGUCUGCACUAUUUUCGCCCAGUUCCACUAAUACUAAUCCUACAGAAUUUUCAAAGAGCGUUCAAGUUCAGCACGACUCGAUUAAGGCCAGUGUCAACACUGAUACUUUGCCAAAACAUCGAAAAACCCGUGUUGCUAAGAGUGCAUCAGGACGUAGACCAACAAUAACUGGCGACCAGCAAAGCAGUAAUCAAAGUAACACAACGAAAACACCGGAUGCCCUGGAAGACAACAAUAAUUCAUACGUAGGUCUGCGAGGUGGUCGCGGGACUGUUCCUGGGAAUACGUCAAAUACUUCGCUGACGAGUCUCGCAUCGGCAUCGCGACUGAUAAACCAACAUCUAUUUGGGAAUAGCGGUGGUACCAAGCAAUAUGGCCCGACAAGUGGAAACAAACUGUCUCUGUCAGUCGAUUCAAUAGACAGCGAAUCGAUGAUGUCGUACCUAACAGAUCGGCAUCACCGCGCCAAAUCGAUCUUAAAAAAAUCAGAAAGCACUCGGAACGCGUAUUACAACGGCAGUGAUCUGGACGGUGACACCGAAAAAUUAAUUUUGGACAAUGCGAGUCCAAAUAUGAACACCGUUCGCAUCCGUCAAGCGCCGACAUUUUUUUCCGGCCAAGUUUUGGGCGCGCUUUUGCGCUCAAACAACAACAACAAUAACAACAAUAACAACGGCUCGCCUAAAUUAUUACUAAGCCCUGCAUCAGGUGAACGUACCACAAAACGUAGUCAAUUAAAAUCAAUAAUGUCUAUUGAUAAUAAUAGAAACAAAAAUAAAGAGCAGACGGCGACGACGACAAUCGACGUGAAUAAUCAAGAUUUAACUUCACGCGUUACGCAAACAAUUAAUGACAAUCAAUCAGUACAACACCAGCAACAACAACAAAAUACACGACCAUCAAAAGUUCAGAAAAAGUCUCGGCGUAACGUCAUUAACGAGAGGAAAAAAGCAUCGAGCGCUGGCGAAAGCUCUACUGACAGUAGCUCGCAUCGUCUUCCUCACGAAUCGCAUCGACGUCUCUCAUAAAAUUUUAUUAAUUAAUUAAUUACAGUAAAUAAUUAAUAAAAUAAUUCCGAUAGUUUCCCUGUUAAAUUUAUUAGCAGAAUUUUAGCUCAGCGUAAAACUGUUUGAAAUAAUUGAUAUAGUUUAUUAUAAAGGUCUAUAUAUUAUUAAUUAUUUUUUUAGUGAUUAUUAUUAUUAUUGUUAUCAAUAUCUUGUUAUUUAUUGUCAAUAGUCGCACAAUUAUUUAAACAACACGGAGAAAAAUAAUUUGCAAUUACAGAUUGACUUUUUAACAAGUUUUUUUAACGAUCGUUGUAUAAAUUGUACAAAAAUAAUUGAAAGUUAGUUUGAUUACAUCUGUAUAUUUUUUAAAUUAUUAAAGUAGGUUGCGACUGUAAAUUUAUCAGCUUUUAAUAUUUUAAAGGUCAUAAAAUACAAACUAUUAACUAAAUAAUAAAUUAGAUAAAUUUUUAAUUAGUUAAUGAUAUAAUUAUAAAAGUAAUUUUUUUAUAUAUAUUUAAAAUUUUUAAUGCUCAAUUAAAAGUAGAUAAUUUAUUCAUUACUUUUUUUUUACAGAAUUAAUUAUCAAGAAGAAUAUGUAUCUGUUUUGUAAAUGUAUUUUUCUCCGUGUAUGAAAGUUACAAUUGGAUAGACAACGCACAUUUGUUGUAUUGAAUUAAAACAUAUUACUGACAAAAGCAAUAGAAGAAACAAUGAAAUAAGUUUUUGCAAUAUUGCUUGGUGAAUUAUCAUUUAACACGUGUUUUUGUUGCAUCCAAGAAUGUGCCUUGUAUGUUACGUAUGCAAGCAAUAUAUAGCUCAAAGUAUCUGUAAUGCUUGUAUUCAUAUUCAUAUUAUAUAUUAGAAUGAAGAAAUUAUAAAAAUAAUAACAAUUAUUAACAA